AUGGCAAACACGUUCCAGCCUCGCGAAAAUACAGCUCAGGUCAAAUCUGCGGCGAAGCUCCGACGAAUACUCCCCGUACCAGCGCCUCCGCAGGUCGCUGGCCUGCUCAACCUUCAGCCGAUGCCGUCUCCGAAGCAGAUCCCGAAACCACCCAGGCAACGGACCUCAGUUAUCAGUGCGGCAUGCGAGGCCUGUCGAAAGCGCAAAGCAAAGUGCCACUAUGCUACAGAGCCCGCGGAGACGAGAGCGCAGGCAAUGAGGCGACAACACGGGGCGUUUCUCAAAGAGAGGUCGGUCUACGAGGAGCUUUACGGGGUGCUGAUGGAUCUCUCGGACCUUGACGCCGUGCACAUGCUGCAAAGGCUGAGGUCCGGCGUCAAAGUUGAGACCGUGGUUAGGCAGAUCAACGACAGCGACCUCCUGCUGAACUGUUCGGGCUCCCAGGCAUCGAAUUCGCCACCACCCACGACGACUCACCGGCGUGGGAGAGGAUACUCAGACCCGGGACCCGCAGCGCUGGGUUGA